UUAGCCGUGAUGUCUUAUGACCAAUACCUGGCCAUCUGUUGUCCUCUGCAGUACAACACACGUAUGACAACUCAAACAGUUACGAUGCUAAUUGCUGUCACGUGGUUGUUCCCUUUUCUUGCGAUUGUUGUUUUGAUAUCGUUGACUUCCCCUUUACAGCUGUGUGGAAACAUCAUUCACAAAGUUUACUGUGGAAACUUCUCUGUGGUCAAACUGUCGUGUUCUGACACCACAGUCAACAACGUCUAUGGACUCAUCUACACAUUUAUCUCCAUCAUCCUUCCUCUGGUUUUAAUCCUCUACACGUACGUGAGGAUUUUAAAGGUUUGUUUCUCUGGUUCCAAGCAGACGAGGCAAAAAGCCGUCAGCACCUGCACCCCCCACCUGGCCUCGCUGCUCAACUUCUCCUUUGGUUGUUCAUUUGAAAUUGUGCAGAGCAGAUUUAAUAUGAACAGCUUACACAACAUAAUUUCCUUCAUAAUUUGUUUAUCCUUGUACUUUCUAACAUGUCUGCUGCUCUUUACUCCCGUACUGUACGGACUGAACAUGAAUAAGAUUUGCACCUUGUGUCAAAGUCUGUUCAGUGGAAAAGAAGAUGGCACCCUGGCCGCUCAAGGGCAGAGAACAAGGGCUCUGGUGGACGGCCCAGAAGCCGGUCAGGAGCCAAGCAAGGGAGCUCCUCAGAAGGGCGGCCCGAAGACCGGUCAGGGGCAGAGGGCAAGAGCUCGGACCUCAGCCCCGGACGUGGGGGAGACGCCGGAACCAGACUCAGGACAGGGACUGGAGCAGAGACUGGAGCUGGCACCGCGAAGACCUCCGAAGCCGGAACCAAAGUGGCGUCUGCCGGGACCCUCCUGCGCGGGACAGGGACUGGAGCGGGGACUGGAGCAGAGACUGGAUCUGGCACUGCAAAGACCUCCAAAGCCGGAACCAGAGUGGCGUCUGCCGGGACCCUCCGGUGCGGGACAGGGACUAGAGUGGGGACUGGAGCAGGGACUGGAUCUGGAUCUGGCACCGCGAAGACCUCCAUAG